UGGGAGUGGCUCGAUCGUUGUUAUUGCGUUUGGAGCCUGUAGCUAGCUAUUGUGCUGUAUAGUCUUGCACGCUUGGGUAGGUAGGCACAAGCUAGCUUGUACUUACACAAUAAUUAUACUGUUAUAGAUAUAAAUUAUAGAGAUGCAGUGGUCAUCAACACUGACAACAUCCUUUGAAAUAAAAUGGUCUCCAAAAAUCAAACUACCCUACAACGACCAAGAUCUGGAAGAUGAUAUUCCCCUGGUUUUCCGUAAGCCCAGUUGGCAGCUCAAAGCCUGCCUCACCUCUGUGUUGAUCACCCCUGUCCUUUACCGGCUCUAUCUCAUUAUGGUCACCAUCGGUUAUAUUAUCUUCUCAAAGAAACCAUGCCAAAUUGUUUCAUCUCCCUCACAUCUUGAUUACUGUCCUGUGGUUGACUUGAGUUGGACCGGAGUGUUUCCUUGUGAGGUGGGAUGGAGGGAGAGUGCCCUGGCCGUUCUCAUUCUGUCAGCUGUGCUGAUCGCCUGUUACUCACUCAUCACUACCUGCUUGGUGAGAUGGAACCCUCGGAAACAAUCCAACUUUCAGUUCAGUUGCACUACAUCAGACACACCGACCAAGAUCCAAGUGAGAGUUCAGAGCACUAAUCGACUGAUGUUGGCCCCUACUCUCAGUCUGUGUCUACUGUUGCUGAUAUUCCACUUACUUUUACAGUCUGGAGACAUUGAAGCAAACCCUGGACCAACUUUUACUUCAAUUCUGACUCUUGAGGAUUUGCAGUCUGUUUACGGGACAGUGAUAAAAGCCGCUGGAAACUGGUUUGACCUGGCACUUGCUCUGGGAGUGAGCUAUGACAUCCUCAGAAAUAUCAGGGAUACACAUCGAGAUAAUCAAACCUGUCUACUUGAAAUGCUAACUGCUCGCUUAAAAACUGCCACUCUCACCUAUUCUGAAAUAUAUCAGAGCCUCAGAACAGUUGGACAGAAUGAUGUCGCUGAAGCUAUAGAGGAGGAAUAUUUAGUUGACGAUAUUUCGCCUGGGCCACCUAAGAGGCAAAAAUUGUCCGCAACGAAUCCUGAACCAACCAGGUUUAAACAGCACUUUGAAGAGGCAAUGAAGGCUGGAUUCGUCAGUGUAAAAACUGUUAAUGUUAUUCUUAUGGGACCUGCUGGCAGUGGAAAGACGAGUGUUAAAGAUCUUGUAUUGAAUAAGGAAGCAAAGACAAAGACAGAACGAAAUAGCACACCUCCUUUGGAUAAAACCAUCGAGGUCCGAUCAGUAGAAAAUCACCAUAUGCAUGCUACGUGCAAAGGCCAAGAAUGGAAGGAAAUUACCCCACAAGACCUGAAAAAAUGUCUUUCUCUAGUUAUUUCUCAAUCCAAGCCUUCAUUACACAAUGUUGAUAAAAAGAGUACAAGCGCUGCACUGCUUCAAACAAUUGUAACUAAAGCAGCGGUUAAGGCUGUUGUUGAUGACCUUGAGGAAAUAAGUGCAAUAGCAGAUUUAACAAGCGUACAUGAAAGUAGCGAAGAAUUGUUUGGAACCAUGACGAUACGUGUUACCGAUAGUGGAGGCCAACCACAGUUUCACGAUAUUGCACCUCUUUUUACACGAGGAACAUCAGCUGGUGUGUACGUAAUGAAACUCACCGACAAGUUUAACGAUUAUCCCUCUGAUGAAUUCUAUGUAGGAGGACAGCAAGUCGGUACUCCUUCUCUCUCACACAUGUCACAUAGAGAAACUAUUCUUAGCCUCAUUCAAUCUCUUCUGUCGGUGAACACACAUAUAAAAAAGCCACGAUGCAUCUUUGUUGGCACAUUCAAAGACUUAAUCGAGGAUCCUUCAGUUCUGUCUGCAAUCCUCAAGGAAAAAAAUGAAGAACUCCGUGCGUUGAUUCCUGAAUGUUUUAGAGUAUACAGGGACAGACAAAUGACCCAACAAAUUCUUGCUUUGAAUGCAAUAUCUCGAGAUGAAGACACGCAAACUAUUGCACAAGCUAUUCGAAAUGCCGUGGAAGAGUCUCCGUUUUUUGAAGACAAAGUUCCAUUCCGGUGGUUUGCUCUGGAGCUUUCCUUGCAGGAGUUCUGCACUAAAGUUGAGAGACGAAUUCUCACUAUAAGCGAGUGUAUAUCUGUGGCUAAAGAACUACAGUCGGAUGCCGAUGACCUAAAGUUUGCUCUUGAUUAUUUCGACAAAAUCUGCAUUGCCCAUUACUAUCCGCAGAAACUGCCUGGAAUUGUCUUUGUAGACCCCCAGAUACCCCUAGAGAUAAUCAAUGAUCUUGUUCGAUAUGCGAUGUCUUUGAGAGAAGGUGGUGAAGAUGCUUCAAUUGCAACUCAAUUAAUGGAUCCUAAGUGGAAAUUGUUCAGAGAUGGUGGCAUCCUAACACUUGAUAUGCUACAGUCUGUGCAGUUUAAGAAGCACUUUCGGUAUCGUGAUAAUGAUGGUCAUGAUAUCUUUGUUCCUAUUCAUAUGAUAGAGCUCAUGAAAAAACUUUUAUUGAUAACUCCUCUCACAACUCCUCCGUUAGGCGAACCUACUCAAUUCUUUAUGCCUGCCCUCCUUAAAUCUAUACCACAAGCUGAGCUGAAAAACUGCUGUAACCACGAGCCCUCAGUCGAUCCACUUCUUGUCCGCUUCACCAAUGGCUGCAUCCGAGCUGGGGUGUUCUGCUGUCUGGUGGUGUUCUUAAUGAAAACAUGUGGGUGGGAAAGGUACAGUAAGUUGAGAGAACAAGUGCCUCAAGCAAGAAACUGCAUUAAGCUUAGAUAUCAAAAGGAUCAGUGUUUUGUAACUCUUGUUGAUUCCAUCACACACAUAGAAGUGUAUGUGAAAGCCCCCGAAAGAAUUUGUGAACACCUUUGUCCAAAAAUCAAGGAAGACAUUUCGGAAGGAAUUAGAGCUUCUCAGAAAGCCCUUCAUUAUUCAAUUGAUGACCCAGAAUUCUGUUUCUUCUGUCCAUAUAUUCAUGUAGCUGAAGCUGCUUUUAAAAGUCAUCACGCUGAGAUUAAUGUUGAUUAUUAUACUUGGGUUUGUUCCGAAAAACCUGAUGAAUGUAAUGGAGAGUUAAAAAAUAAACAUUUGAUUUGGUUCGUAAAGAAAGGUGAACAUCCCAAAAGUCAAGAAGAUAAAUAUUUAACUGUCGACGAGAUAGCGAGGGAAGUGGGUAUCAAGAAAGAAGUACUUGAUCAUCGUUGCUCGUCUGAAGAUUUGCAGGAAAUUGGUCGAUUUCUUCCAAACUGGCUGAAGUAUGCUCAGGCUCUGCUAUCUAAAGCACAAAUUCAAGGUAUUAACGUUGACAAUAACUUAGAUUAUGAAAUGAAGUGUCAAAAGGUGUUGGAGAUUUGGCACAAAGAAUUUAACACAAGCUACCGCAUACUUGUUGAUAUUUGCUUCAAAUUUAAGGAUGGCGAAACAGCAAGAAAAAUUUGUGAGAUAGUAAAAGAGUCCAAUCCAUCAACUAUACCUUUGAAGAGAGAGGACAAAGAAGACCAUUAAAACCAUGAAGACGAUGAAGACAGUACUAGCAGAGCGAAGAAGCCGUGCUAAAAGAUGAAGGGUUUGAGUAUAGUGUAUGUAAUGCAAAGUGCAUAUAAUUUAUCAGUACUGAAUUAGAUUGUAGUAUGUACGUACGUUAUAGAAGAUACUGCAUAGCAGUAUUAGCCAAAUACAUGUACCCUUUAUGUCUGAAGCAUAAUUAGAAUUGAAGUGUUUGUUUGUAUCAUUUGUAUUUUGUGUUUCUUGUUUCGUGAUCUUUCCCUAUAACCCCUGUUGCUCGUAUUAUUAUUGGCGUGUGUAGACUUGCUAGCCUGCAGUCCCACAUCUGCAAGGGCAGGGAUAGAAGAAUAUAUAUAUAAAUGAGUCUAAUGACCAAUCAGAGUACAGAACCAAUGUCAUGAGACAUAUUUCGCUCCCACGCCGUUGACACGUGCAUGCAACUGAUAAUUACGCAAUGCAUGGGAUCGACAGGCUAUAGCGAGUUUAGCUAGUGUAUACUUACUCAAUAUCUGUGUGGAGCUGAUAUAAAUAUUCUGAAGAGAUUGAGGUCAUCAACAGAAAGAUUAGAAGACCCGGAAGAUUUGGAAGAUAUUCCCCUGAUUUGGGCCUCGCCUCUGUGAUCACCCCUGUUCUUUAUCGACUCUACCGAUACCUCAUUAUGGUCACGUACCAUUAGCAAAGAAUACCAAACUAUACUAGAACGAUAGCUUGGUAGCUGCAAGAAGCUGCAAACUAAAUACCAGUUAAUGCAUCAUUUCACACUCGUGCACACUCGCAAGUCAACGGUGCAUUAACUAUAAUAUACAUACACAUGCAUGCAUGUACAGAACCAAGAGCACUACCUAAUAAAAAUGCAUUUCCGACAGUUAUUGUUAGCCAAAUUAAUAUGGAAUGCUGCCCUUAAAUUAUUAUUAAUUGUUCCUUAUUAGUUAGUAAUUGCACACCUGUAUAAGAACUCGAACAAUGCAAACAUGUGACUAUAAGCAUCGACUCCUACUUACCAAGAUAGCUGGCUGUUUAGUGUGUGUGUGUGUCUGCUAAUAGUAUCAGCAUCUCCUGCUAUUAUACCCUCAGGCAUGGCCUAUAGGACAUAGGAUGGUUGGAGAAUUGUGCAAAGCUUCUGUCAGUGUCAGCUACCUCCCUCACUGGAGUUCAUCACUGUGUGUGCCAGGGAGUGACAAUGGCUGCCUCUUCUCUACCUCUCUCAGCUAUAUAUGCAGUAAGAAGGUUUUGUUGAUAGUGGACAAGCGUGCACUUCUCUGACCUGUCGCUACGGGAACACCUCCACUUGGUUGUGUCGUCAAUGGUUCCCAGGGGAAACUCUCCGUUGUUAGAUCAUAUGGGUCGUGAGAGGCUCAGGCUAGCCACACCCACCAAGGACAGAGGUCAGCUGACAGAGAAUAUAUAGUGACUGCACAACAAGAUCUCAGAGCAAUUAUACUUCUACUCCAGGCUUAUGAUCUCAUUACUGUGUAUGGAUUGCACCAUAUGUGUUGUUCGUGCAGUACAUAAGCUAUAGCUAGCCUAUCCACACGUUGGCCUUCAAAUCAACCCCCAGGCUGGCAGAAGACCGUGGCUCCAGCUAGGAGGAGGAGAGACAAGAGUCUGAUUAGGAACCAACUCCAGUAUCACCGGCACCCCCCAGCCCUGAGCCCUACAUCUCCAUAGAAGAGCUUUCUGAGGACCUACUCUCAGCCCUACUCGAGCCAUGCUGACUAUACACCCUGGCCCAUGCUAUUUUCUUGGAGAUACCAUUAUACUAGCUGACUGAAGAUUUGGUGUUUGCUUGUUAGAGUGUGGAGUUCUCCAUUGGUGACACAAGUGACUGCAUGCCUGGGUGGCCACUACGUUGCACAUGCUCGUGAGAUUCCCUACUCCCCUUUGAGAGGUCACACCUCCGGCGGCUGCUCUCAGAGUCACAGUUCAGACAGGACUUCAAGUGCACUACUAGUGUGUUGACGUAUGGAGAGCUGUAUCAGAUGACUGCCUUCACCCUCACAGAGGCCUUUUGGAUCAGUGCAUCGUGACCACAUUCAAACAUACGUACUGAGCCAACUGCUUCCAGAAAGAACAGUUGCUGGAAAGUGCACAAUGCAACAAGCAAAGUAAAUAUACUGUGAAAAGAUUGUAAGAUAUUUGACAGUGGCCACUAGUACUAUACUGGCAGGAAAAAGGGAAAACCAACAGUCGAGACUCCCCCAAAUCCUCUGUGUACCACCCUCACACGAUGAAUCCCCUUUAAAAACCAUACCCAUGCAUCUCGGCAACAAUAUCUUCAAUGGAAAGUCACUCGAUCGUCUCCAUGUAUAGACACACCAAGUCAUGCAGUGAAGACAACAUAUUAAUCAGUGCCAGGAACGUGCUUAAGUUCGAUGGAGAAGGAGCCCUUUAAUUCAGAGCUGCAGGCCUUAAUUGUGAUCAUCACUGAAUCCAUGCCGACUCUGUAAACACAAUCCGUCGUUGUCAAAGGAAACUUCAAGUACGUACUUGAUGUACAAAGAAUUGCAAGAAACUGCUUAACUCACAUCUUAGAAACCUAUAGCUACUACUACGAAAAGACCAUCUGUUCAUUCAAGGAUAAUGUUAUAUAGACUCUGAUUUACUUACAGUUUUACAGGUACAUUGUAGUUAGUGUUUUGUGCUGAUUUACAAUUGUGUUCAUUUAA